UUAUCGAUCAUUAACAUGAUUAGAGAAGAUUGGAUGAUGUUAAAGUUAGACGCAGAAAGAGAUGCAAUGAUAAAGCGUAUGAGGACCGCUCGACUGAUUGUAAUUUGUGCAUACAUUUUGAUGAUAUUUACGUUAAUUGUGGUUACCAUUCUUCCUUUAUUUGGUUUACCGUUCAGACAUCUAACAAAUCUCACUGAUCGGAACAAACCGUUACCGCUCCAGACAUAUUAUUUCUAUGACACAGAUAAGAAUCCUCAGUUCGAGUUAACAUAUCUUACUCAAAUCGUAGGGGUGUUUCUGGCCAUGAUAAUUUAUACGUCAGUAGAUACUUUUCUUGGAUUCGUGAUUCUUCAUAUCUGCGGUCAAUUAGAAAACUUCAGACGCCGUUUAGUCAAUUUGAUCGUCGGCAAAGAGUUUAACAAAGCUUUGAGAAACAACGUAGUGACUCAUUUACGACUUAUCAGGUAUGUCAAUAACACUGAAGAUAUAUUCACUUUAAUGAUGCUCGGAUCAAUAAUAUACAUUGGCAUUAUAUUUUGUCUAACCGGAUUUGCGUUGCUUGUUGUGAUUAAUAAUGAGAAGAUAAAUGCCGUGAAUGUCUCACAAAUAUGCUACAUGACAGCAGCUAUCAUUAUUUUUUUUAUGCAAAUGUUUUUUUAUUGCUAUGCUGGAGAGCUAAUUACAGAGCAAUGGGAAGCAGUAUACCAUGCUGUGUAUGAUCAUGAGUGGUAUAAAUGGGAGUCAAAAGAAGCGAAAAAUCUUAUUUUAUUAAUGGUACGAGUUCAGCAACCCUGCGGUAUCACAGCAGGAAAGAUUGUUCCAUUAACGAUGACUACUUUUUGCAGCCUAUUAAAAACUUCAGCUGGUUAUAUAUCGUUUUUAUCGGCAAUAAUGGAUUAA